AUGCCCUUCCGCACAGCGUCUCGCAAGCUGGAAAGGGCUGCCCGAAUCAUCCUCGUUGGAGCUCCGGGGGUGGGAAAAGGAACACAAUCUGAAAGAUUAAUAGCGAGGUUUCCCCAACUCUGCUCCAUUGCAACGGGAGACCUCUUGCGCGACAACGUCAGGAACAAGAGCAGCCUAGGGCUUCAAGCAGAAGGGUACAUGAAGGAUGGGGGCCUUGUCCCCGAUCCUCUGAUCCUAAACCUCAUCCUUAACGAGCUCACUUCGAGGAAAUGGCUGGAAACGUCUGACACAAACGACAAUAUCAUUGCCGCUCUCGGGCGAGGAAAUGGGUCAGCAUCGUCGGUUGUCAAAGCCUCGAAUGCGCCGGAAACCUCGUUCAUCCUAGACGGCUUUCCACGCACCGCGAGUCAAGCGCAGGCUCUGUCCUACCUCUUGCCUAUAAAUCUGGUCUUCCAACUCGUCACUCCGGUCGAUAUCAUACUGUCUCGACUGGCGAAUAGGUGGACACAUCUCGCGUCGGGGCGAGUGUACAAUGUGGGUUUCAACGACCCCAAGGUGCCGGGGAUUGACGAUGUCACUGGCGAACCUCUGAUACAGCGGGAGGAUGACAGUGAAGCCACGUGGAAAAAGCGACUGGCCAUGUUCGACCGAACCAGCCAGAGUCUCCUCGACUUUUACCGACAGCAAGAUCCAAAUCUGGUCGUCACGGUGAGAGGGAACAGCAGCGAUGAGAUUUCUCCUCAGAUUUUUGCAGAGGUAGAGAAUAGAUUUUGUACAUAA